AGUUUCCUUGACAGCCCAAACACGUUCUAUCUUCUGUCUGCCGCACCACAAGGUUUCGCUCCUUUACACUUAAACUUGAACGACGCUCCUUUUUUUUUAUCUGUCUUUUCUGCUUGGAACGACGUGUUUCUGAUUCGGAUAGAGAACCGUUACCUCACCGAUCACCAAGGUUUAGUUUAGGCUUCAAGUUUUUCUUUUCAAACACGCCACGUACGCGCGACAAAAUCUAGUAAAGAUGCCCAAACUUUCUCUCUUUUUCUACGCGACACUCGUUCUUUCCUUGGUCAUUGCCUCGGACGCAAAAGCAUUCGACCCGAAUCAGCAAGUCAGUCACAACCGCUUCCUCAAGAAGCGAGCCGCGCCUCAGAUUGGUGGUUUUCCUGAGCCUGUCAUCGGAGUAGGCGCUAAUCCUUCGACUGCAACCACUGCUGCGGCAACGCAGUCCGUGCCAACGGCAACUGCAGCUGAUAGCACACCCGUAUCUUCUGUAACCCCUUCAUCCUCUUCGUCCUCUGCCACUGCAACAUCCGUUAGCACAACGCAAAAUUUGGUUAGUCAAGUUUCACCGACGACGGCGACGACGAGCUUGACUUCUUCGUCGACAUCUUCUCCAUCCUCUACCUCCCCGACGAGCACCCAAUCAACAUCGUCAACACCACCAACUAUCCAAAGUGUUCAAUCUAGUCCCUCUGCGAUUGAUGCUACACCUGCACAGGCGGGCUCUCCCACCUCUCAAUCAGUGAUACUCGUCACCAACACCGCUUCUUCAAGUGCAAGUGCCACACCAUCUUCAUUGUCCUCUUCUUCUACCGGUAUCACGCACACUGCCCUCAUCGUCCUCAUUGUCAUCGCUACAAGUGUCGGUGGUUCCAUCAUCAUUUGGACCAUUAUUCGCAAGUGGAAGUUUGGCAAAUCUUCCAGCUUCGAUGACCGCAUGCAGCCUAUUGACUGGCAGCCGAGUAACGACAACGAUGACAAUGGUGGUAUUCCCGGCCUGAACCGCCGUAACUCCACCGCAUCAUCAUUCCAUUCGGGCUCCGGCCACGCUGGCAUUGGUGCAACGACACUCAACCCAAUUCCUGACCAUGAUUUCACCGCAGGGCCUGCCCAUCUCGCACCUGUUGGUGGUUACGCUGACCUUGCGCGUGGUCCCAGUCCUCAGCCCAUGAUGCAGGAACUCGCGCGUGGACCGAGUUAUAAGGCUGACCAGUAUGGCGUUCCGCUUCAUCAUGGCGGGUACGCCACGCACGGAUACUGAGUCAGGAGAAAAAGCGCGCAGAAUAAAAUUUCUCGUAAAGUGGAUGCAUCCAAUUUCUGCAUUGCUCCUUUUUUAUUCUGUCGUAUCAAUCAAUAACAUCCGCUUGCUGAACCAUGCAUUCGCCUCAUUCUCGUUUACGUAUGCGGAUCUAGACGACAAACGUUAUGCUUAUAUUCCUCGCGUCCAUACCCCAAAU